UUGUGGUCGUGGAGUGUGGAGCUGACGGAGCCCCGGUGCGGAGUCGGGCGGCGUGGCGUGCCUUCUGCUCGGGACCUGCUGUAGCGGCGCCGGGUGGCGACCGUCGAGUGUGCUGACCCGUCGUGACCCACGGUGACCUUUGGUGACCUGCCGUGGCCGUGAGCGGUGCUCUGUGUGCGGCUGGUGCCGGCCCCGGCCGGGGGAUGUCCGCCGCUGUCUGAGCGUGCAGUGCCGCCGUGCGGGAUGUUGCGAGUUUGAGGCGUGUGACCCGACCUCGGUCCGCCCCGACCCGGUCCGUGAGCGUGCAGUGUCAGUGAGCGCGAGACUCACCCGGAGCAGCAGCCAUGGAUGUGUACCCGAGCGGCAACAUCUUCCAGGAGCUGAAGCUGGUGCUGGACAAGGGCUGCUUCCUCUCGUCGUGCUCGCUGGAAGAGCGCUGGCAACAGACAUGUUACGAGAUGGAGAAGUACCUGAAGGACGAGCCGAAGCUCAAGUCGUACAAGAAGCUGCCGUCCGAGCUGGACUCGGCGGCGGCGCGGUGGAAGUCGGAGCCGGAGCCGGACGACGGCGAGUACCUGUUCUCGUCGCGCGACUCGCUCGACUCGCUCAGCGUCAGCUCCGGCUCGUCGGCCAACUGGGAGACGGCCAGCGUCAAGACCGAGGAGCCCGAGUCGGAGAGCGACUCGGAGAUGGAGGACGCCGCCGGCCGGCUGCUGGCCCACUCGCUCACGCCGCCCUCCAGUCCCGAGUGGCCGCCGGCGGCGCGGCUGGCCGGCCGCGGCACGCUCCAGGUGCGCUUCACGUCGCGCGCCGGCGGCCUCAUCUCGUGCCUGCCGGGCCUGUCGCUCAAGGCGGGCCACGGCCGGCCGGCGCGCGCCGACUCCUCGCCAGAUGGCAAGCGGCGGAUACACAAGUGCCUCUUCUCCGGCUGCAAGAAGGUCUACACCAAGUCGUCCCACCUCAAGGCCCACCAGCGGACACACACAGGUGAGAUCGCGACCGCUGCGCAGACCGCGACCACCCACACCUUCGGCAACUUCCUAUACCCUUCCCGCAUCAAAACGUCUAUCAUAGCAAGAGGGUCGAUAGCAUAG